CAUCUUUUCGUCAGUGUGGAAGUCAAACCUUUCCCUUCUGAACCUAUAAAAUGAAGCGAGGUUGGCUUUAUCCAAUCAAGCCGAUCUCCUCUUCAAGGUUCGUGAGCAACUCUUCUCUUCUCAGGAUGAGUGUGGAAACUGUCAUUCAUAAUGGUGGAUGCCACUGCAAGCGAGUCAGAUGGCAAGCAGAGGCCCCACCAAGUGUUGUUGGGUGUACCUGCAAUUGCUCCAACUGUUCAAUGAGAGGCAGCACCCAUUUUGUUGUCCCAAAUGACAAGUUCAAGCUCAUGGAAGAGUCUGAGCAGUUCCUGACCACCUACACCUUUGGCACGCACUCAGCAAAGCACAUCUUCUGCAAGGUGUGUGGUAUUACCUCUUUUUACAAGCAAAGGGGGAACCCUGAUGGUGUUGCAAUAGUAAUUAGCUGUGUUGAUCCUGGUACCCUGAAACAUUAUGAGAUCAAGUACUUUGAUGGGAAGGGGCUUCUCAAAAUAUAAAAUUAUGCAACUCAAAUGGUCUCUGGCUGCAGUAACUGUUUUAGGUAUUGCAAAACUGUAAUAAGUAGCAAAAGUGCUAUAGAUCUUCAUGUAACAUCGUAACUGGAUCAUCAAUUUUUAUAAAUUGUACUUUAUUUGUUUCUAUGUAUCUAUGAAUGUAAAAUUUAUUUAGCUUUUUCUCUUCUAUAUU